AUGAAUGUUAUAUCAGCAAUUAAAGCUUAUGUAGUAAAAAUGACAUCGGAAAGUGAACCGGGCAUGAAAGUAUUAUUAAUGGAUAAAGAAACGACAAGUGUUAUCAGUAUGGUAUAUGGACAAUCGGAAAUUCAACAGAAAGAGGUAUUUUUAUUAGAGAGAAUUGAUUCUCCAAACUUUCCUAAUUCAACAGGGCUUCGAUAUUUAAAAUGCUUAGCAUUUCUAAGACCUACGCAACAAAACAUCAGUGCUUUAUGUUCGGAACUUCGCAAUCCAAAAUACGGGGCCUAUUACAUAUAUUUCAGUAAUAUAAUAGCUAAAGCAGAUAUAAAAAUUCUGGCUGAACACGACGAACACGAAGUAGUCAAGGAAGUUCAAGAACUUUAUAUGGAUUAUUUAGCAGUAAACCCGCAUUUAUUUUCGUUAGGAUUGAGUAGUACGAUGACAAUGUUGAAUUGGAAUCCUUCUGCUUUGCAAUUAAGUGUUCAAGGGAUUAUUUCCGUAUUAUUAUCGUUAAAAAAAUGUCCGAUUAUACGUUAUCAAGCAAAUUCGAAUGUAUGUAAAGAUUUGGGUACUAGAAUAGACGAAGUAAUAAACAAAGAAUCUUCAUUAUUCGCUUUCAAUCAAAUAAAUAAUUCUUUACUGUUGAUAUUAGAUCGUAGAGAUGAUCCGGUUACACCUUUACUAAACCAGUGGACCUACCAAGCCAUGGUACACGAAUUAUUAACAAUAAACAAUAAUAGAGUGAAUCUAUCCAAUAUACCAGGCGUCGCGAAAGAAUUAACCGAAGUUGUGUUAUCCGUAGAACAAGAUACGUUCUAUGCUAAAAAUAUUUUUCUAAAUUACGGCGAAAUCGGCACUAACAUAAAACAAUUGAUGGAUCAUUUUCAGGCGAAAGCCAAAAGUCACCAAAAAAUCGAAACUAUCGCCGAUAUGAAAAAUUUCGUCGAAUCGUAUCCUCAAUUUAAAAAAUUAUCCGGAAACGUGACUAAACACGUGACUGUAAUUGGCGAACUUAGCGCUAUGGUGAAUAGACACAAUUUAUUAGACGUUUCUGAAAUAGAACAAGAACUGUCGUCCCAAAAUAACGAUCAUCACGCACAUCUUCAAAGUAUUAAAAAAUUGUUAACGAACGAUAAAAUCAGAGAUACCGACGCCGCCAAAUUAGUAAUGCUUUACGCUUUGAGAUAUCAGAAUCACAGUAACAACGAUGUAACAGGUCUGAUAGAGCUGCUUAAAAAAAGAAACGUCUCUGAUAGAUUAUUAAAAAAUAUUGUAAAUAUAUUAGAAUACGCCGGUUCACAUGCUAGACAAAGUGAUUUAUUUAACGUAGAAAACGCCGUCAAGAUAACCAAAAGAUUUAUAAAAGGCUUAAGUGGAGUGGAUAACGUUUAUACCCAACACAAACCGCUUCUACACGAAACUCUAGAAGAUUUAAUUAAAGGUAAAUUAAAAGAGCAAAUGUACCCCUAUUUGGGUAGCCACGGAGCUAACGGACGACCGCAGGAUAUAAUUAUUUUCAUAAUCGGAGGGGCUACUUACGAAGAAUCUUUAACCGUACAUUCCAUCAAUAAAAAUUAUCCGAGUUUCAACGUUUUAUUAGGUGGUACUACCAUUCAUAAUUCGUCUAGUUUUUUAAACGAAGUCGAACAAGCGACGAAAAACUGCGCUAGAAGACAUACAAGAAAUAUUCGUAAUAUACAUUUCGAUUGA